UCUCCAAAAAAAGCACCAUCAAUUUUUUUUUUCCCUGGAAGAAAAAAAAAAGGACGAAAAUUUUCAUCUUCGCUCUCGAAAUAUUGAUACACUUGUUUGUUUCGAUUUGUGGGUUCGAUCAAUUCAAACGCAUGCAUUGAUUCAUGACAAGGCGGAGACAGCUGCUCGAGCCGCAAGAGGACCCCGAGGAGCAUGCCAACGGUGGCGACAUGGUGAAGGCGCCAUCCAAUAAGAAGAGGAUUCGUCCCGCCCUUCUGUGGACGGUGAGCGUACGCAGGGUGGUUAUGGCCUUGGCCGUCUUCGGCUUCCUCUCCUUUCUGUGCAAGUUCACCGUGGUGAGCCACAUGGGAGAGCUCGAUAACAAUGUGGUCAGCAAUCGCCACGAAGCUUUGGAGGAAACCGUGGUGGUAUCGGAUGAAGAAAGUGAUGGUGACAACGCUGUGGUACAGAAUAAGAACGAUCCCGAGGGUCGGAAGCCCCCGGGCAUACACGAGAUCCCUGACCUUUGGACCCAACCGAUCGAACCUGGAAGAUACUACAAAUGUAUCAACCGGUCAAGGAAGGAGACAAAGAGUGGACACUCUAAUGGCUACAUUCAAGUCCAUGCUAAUGGCGGAUUGAAUCAAAUGAAACUCGGGAUUAGCGAUAUGGUUGCAGUGGCGAAACUCAUGAACGCGACUCUUAUUCUCCCAACUCUAGAUAGCAAUUCAUUUUGGACAGAUUCAAGUAAUUUUAAAGAUAUUUUCGAUUGGAGGCAUUUCAUGGACGUGUUGAAGGAUGACAUUGAUAUUGUGGAGUCUCUACCACCAAAACUUGCAUCCGUGAAAGCUCUUAGGAGGGCACCGAUUUCGUGGUCGAAGCCACAUUAUUAUAGAAAUAUGGUGCCCUUGUUGCGAAGGAAUAAAGUCAUAUAUUUCACGCACACCGAUUCUCGCCUCGUCAAUAACGGCCUGUCUACUGCAAUUCAGAGGCUUCGGUGCCGUGCCAUGUUUGAGGCACUUCGAUUCGCUGACGAUAUUGAAGAGCUCGGGAAGAAGUUUGUGAAUAGACUGAGGAACAAUAGCGAACCUUAUAUUGCGCUUCACUUGAGAUAUGAGAAAGACAUGCUUGCCUUUACAGGAUGCAGCCACAACCUCACUUCGGCGGAAGCUAAGGAGCUCAAGGCGAUGAGGUACGGCGUGAGUCACUGGAAGGACAAAGAGAUCAAUAGCUGGGAGAAACGACAUAGGGGCGGGUGCCCCCUGACACCGAGGGAGGCUGCCCUUUUCCUCAAGGCACUAGGAUACCCUCCCUCGACUCGAAUAUAUAUUGUAGCGGGUCAAAUUUAUGGGCAGGAAGGGAUAGGGCCUCUCCAAGCUAAGUAUCCGAACCUCUACAACCAUUUCAACUUGGCCAGUGAGGACGAGUUGAGGCCCUUCAAGCAUCACCAAAACAAGCUUGCCGCAUUGGAUUACAUCGUAGCUGUGAAGAGCGAUGUUUUCGUGUACACAUUUGAUGGGAACAUGGCCAAAGCUGUCAAAGGUCAUCGGAAGUUUGAAGGAUUUCUCAAAACAAGCAGCCCAUACCAGCCGGACUUUGUGAAAUUGGUUGAUCGAUUGGACAAAGGGUUCACACCUUGGAAGAGGUUUUUGGUAAGGGUGAGGAACCUCCACGCAGGACGAACAGGACUGCCCAAGCUAAGGCAACCAGGAGGCCUCCAUAGGAUGAAGUCAGAGGAAUCCUUCUACGCUAAUCCGUUUCCGGGUUGCAUAUGUGACAGGUACGCAAUGUCGCCGGAUAUUACUAAGUUCAAGCCCUCAGUCGACCAUGCCAAUAUUAGAGGGUGA